GCAACAAACGCUGACAAGCAAGCAAAGCAAACCAAGAAGCAAACCAAAGCAAAGCAAACCACGACACAUUCCGCACAACCGAACCUGCACGCAGACGAACACAGACGAAGAGACGAGGAGGACCUGCAGAGACAACGGAUACGGACACAGCAGAAGCAGACACUCGAAGCAUACGUCGAGCAAACGCGCAGGAAGCGACUGAGGCUCACACGCGCACUCACACAUACACGCACGCACAGCAACAACAACAACACAACCAGAGCACUUCCACAGUACAACACGGGAGCGUGAUGGCGUUGCCAGCGGCAAGUCGAGCAGCCAUGCAAAUGGCAAGGAGUGGUGCAACAAGAAGAGGCGUUGGACUGCGGGCCCUGGUGUUGGGCAGGCUGUGCAGCAGCAGCGCGACAAGCGCUUCUACGGGGGACCUCUCGUUCCGCUCAACAGACAUUAUGAAGCCAACUCGGAUGGUGCCGUUGUUCCCCACGUCAGACGUCUACUUCCCCGGUGAAGUUGCCACCAUCCACGUGGUUGAACCAAAAUACAAGCUGAUGAUGCAGAGCCUUGAUCAGGAGAGACCCGUGAUUGGGUUUGUGAGACAGCCGUCGGCGGUACAGCACGAGGAAGAGGACAGCGAGCACAUGCCGCUCAGCACGGACUGGUACUCCGCCACCGUCGGCACGCUCGCUGAAGUGGUUGCCCACGAGCGCGACAACACCGCACCCCUCGAUAUCGACGUCGAGGACACAUCCGAACUCGUCAAACUGAGAUUCACGGAGCGGUUCUCAGUCACAGACGCAUCACGUGCAUUUGUUGGAUACUGGCAAGGCACCGUCCAGCGCCUCACAGAUGAGCCCGUGACAAAGGAGGACCUGAAGCAGGCCGACGUGCUCUCGCGCACAGUCUCGGCGUUGUUGAACGAGUACGCGAAGCUCGCCCUCGUGAACAAUCCGCGCCUAUUCAACCGGUUUCAGAUGCGGCAUGCAGCCGUGGCGACGAAAGGCGUGGCGCCCUUCUCGUUCUGGGUUGCACUGCAGAUCAAGGCUGCGCUGCCGAGCACUGAGGAGAGCAAAGCGACGUGCCAGCAGCUGCUGCAAACCACUUCCGUCGUGGCAAGGCUGGAGCAUGCCAGCACCCUCCUUACGGACAUUAUCACCGCAGAGGCGCGUGCACAAAAGACGGCGCCACUGACAUCUGAUCCCGAACCCGCAGACCGCGCCAAGUUCAACAACCCACUCGGUCAACUCCGCACACACGGACACGAGGACAUGUAGACAUCGUGAUGGUGUACAGACGCUGUUGUGUCGCAGAAUAACUCGAUACAAUGGUGUGUAGACACAAAGGAUUGAGCCAUGCAGACCCGCUGGUGUGACACGUGCACUGGCGAGCUAUUGUUCAAGGCCGCGCCCUGUGACAGUCGUCAUGAGCGGUUUGCUUUCUCUGCGCUGUCGUUGUGGUUCUGCGAGACGCAGUUGUGCGAGUGCGCCUUUCCGCGCGCGCGUGUGUGUGCACAUGUUGUCCAUUGCGUGCAACUUCUCGCCGGUGGUUAGUCGUUUGUGGUUUGUGCUUUGUCUUCAACAGCUGCUCCGGUGUUCUUUUGUUCGUUUCCGGGCACAGAGCAUGCUGAUGUGUUGCUUUUGUCGUUGUGCCUUGUCCGUGUUUUGCUCAUUUUAACGUAUUCAUGUGUUCAUGUAUGACUGCUUCAUGUAUCCUAUGACACGGCUGUGUGUGUGUGUGUGUGCUUGUGUGUGCUGGUUCUGUUCCCAUGCUCUUGUCUGUUUCGCAUGUACUUGUUCACACGACUCUCGCAGGCUUGGUGUUCAUUUCUGCUGUGUUUCGUGAUGAUGUGAUACAAGUCCUUGUUCGUUCUGUUGUUGCUUCACUUUUAAUUGGCUGUCGCUAUGGAUGGACCUUGUUCAAUCAAUGAAUCAAAUUUGUACAUG